GUCGCCCGCUUCCGCUGUCGCGUUGGCGCCGCUGAGGCCCGGGAGGGUCCGGGGGCGCCAUGACCAACGUUUACUCCCUGGAUGGGCUCCUGGUGUUCGGGCUGCUACUGGUUUGCACUUGUGCGUACCUGCGGAAGGUGCCCCGACUGCGUACCUGGCUCCUGUCCGAGCGCAGGGGGGUCUGGGGAGUCUGCCACAAGGCUGCUGUGAUUGGGACCCGCCUGCACGUGGCUGUGUCCGUGUCCUGUCUUCUCAUGGCCUUCUACGUCCUUGUGGGAAAGUGACCACAUAGGGAGCUGCUGGUGACGUGAGAGAGACUCUGGGACUGACUAGAGAUGUGACUGAUUCCAAAGACCUUAGUAUGGACCAGAGACCCUGGUACUGAUCCCAGUGUUCCAGUACCAACCGGAGACCCUGGUACUGACCCUGAACCACCCCCGGUCCUGCCCCUGGCAGCAACCUGGAUCCUGCAUAUGGCAUCCCAGGGACCAUCAUGGCCCAUCGGCCUCCGUGAACCCACCAAGGACAACUAUAGGGGCCAACAGGGCACCUUUAGACAGUUGGAAAAGGAUUUCUCGUGAAUUCUUUAGAGAAGUGGGUGAAGGGACCCCCAGGACUGGGGCACCCCAGGACUGGGGCACCCAGCUCUACCUUAUGAGCCCCUUCUCUUGAUACCAAGCAGGAUCCUAGUGGGACCAUGGCAGGCUGUAGGGGCCAGGCAGGGCCCUGCCCAUCCAUGGAAUCUUCCUAUGCUCCUGCAGCGUGGGGUCCCCUCAGGGGGGGGUCUCCUUCUGCAGUGGGGGGUUGGUGACCCCCCCAGGUUGUAAAUACUGGACCACCACAUACAAAUAAAGUGGGGGUUCCUCUGUGGCA